UUCCACAUUCCAUGGCUCCGCCCCGAGCCAGUUUCUGCCCCUUAUAGCCCCGCCCCCACAUCACUGGACCCGCCCCACGCCCCGCCUCCGAGCUCUCCAGCCCCGCCCCACCCAGCCCUGACCUUCCCUCUCCCCGGCCCCGCCCCUAGCCCCGCCCCCUCCGCGCUUCUCGGCCCCGCCCCAACGCCGGCGCUCUUCCGGGUCGUCCCGGGGCGGCUCUAGGCGCUCCUCGAGUUAUUUAAGUAAAAGGCGUGUCCUCUGGUGCUAAUGGCAUGGAGGAGGGGCGUCGCGCGCGCGGAACUCGUUGGGAGCCUGGGGGCCUACACAGCGCUUCUAGGGGCCUAAGUUGCCUGCGGCUGGACCGGCUCGCACGAGACCGCCAGGUGCCACUUCCCCUUCCAGCCAGCCUCCGCCGCCUUCCUUCCGACUUUUCGCGUGCCUUCUUUCCGGCGCCCGCCCGCGGCCAGAGCCAGGAUGCUUCCGAAGCGGCGGCGAGCGUGGGUCGGGUCCCCUGGCGGUCCUGCCCCCUCCACGGCGCGCUUCCCCGGCAUUGCCAUCUACCUGGCCGAGCCGCGCAUGGGUCGCAGCCGCCGGGCCUUCCUCACGCGCCUGGCCCUCUCCAAGGGCUUCCGGGUCCUGGAUGCCUACAGCUCUGAGGUGACACAUGUGGUGAUGGAACAGACCUCAGCGGAGGAGGCCAGCACGUGGAAGGAGCACAGGGCGGUGGCAGGCUCUCCACAGGGCCGCACCAGCCCAGUGCUGCUGGACAUAAGCUGGUUCACGGAAAGCAUGGCAGCUGGGGAGCCCGUGCCUGUGGAGCCCCGGCACUGCCUGGAGGUGGCCGUGCCCGGGAAAGGGCUGCCAGGCUCAGUAUGGAUGCCACAGUAUGCCUGCCAGCGCCCCACACCCCUCACACACCACAACAGCAGCCUCACGGAGCCUCUGGAAAUGCUGGCGGAGGCGGCUGGCUUUGAGGGCAGUGAAGGCCGCUUCCUCUCCUUCUACAGAGCGGCCUCGGUGCUCAAGGCCCUUCCGAGCCGGGUCACAGCCAUGAGCCAGCUGCAGGGGCUGCCCCACUUUGGAGAACAUUCCUGCAGGGUCAUCCAGGAAGUGCUGGCACAGGGAGUAUGUGAGGAGGUGGAGAGAAUCCGAUGCUCAGAGAGGUACCAGACCAUGAAGCUUUUCACCGGGAUCUUCGGGGUUGGGGUAAAAACUGCUGACCGGUGGUACCGAGAAGGGCUGCGGACCCUCGACAGCCUCCAAGAGCAGCCCCAGAGGCUGACCCAGCAGCAGAAAGCAGGACUCCGGCACUACCAGGACCUGAGUGUGCCGCUCCAGCGACCCCAAGUGGAGGCCCUACAGCGGGUGGUGGAGGCAGCCGUGGGGCACAUCCUUCCCGGGGCCACCGUCACGCUGGCGGGGGGCUUUCGGAGAGCGGGCCCCCUCAGGGGCAAGUUGCAGGGCCACGACGUGGAUUUCCUCCUCACCCACCCCCAGGAGGGCCGGGAGGCAGGGCUGCUGACCAGAGUGAUGCACAGCCUGCAGAGUCAGGGCCUUGUCCUGUACCACCAGCACCACCACGGCCACUGUGCAGAUGCCGCCUGCCCGCCCCGGCAGAACCAUGCCAUGGACGGCUUUGAGAGAACCUUCUGUAUCUUCUGCCUGCCUUCACCCCCAGGGGCUGUUGUGGGGGGCGCCCGGAGGGCCGUGCGGGUAGACCUGGUGGUGGUCCCUGUCAGCCAGUUCCCCUACGCCCUGCUGGGCUGGACCGGCUCGAAGCAUUUCCAGCGGGAGCUGCGCCGCUUUAGCCGGAAGGAGAGAGGGUUGUGGCUGAACAGCCAUGGGCUGUUUGACCCCCAGCAGAAGAAACAUUUCCAUGCGGCUUCGGAGGAAGACAUCUUCAGACACCUGGGCCUGGAGUACCUUCCCCCAGAGCAGAGAAAUGCCUGACCCAGCCGCUGGCCCAGUCUGCUCUCUGGAGAGGCAGGCCCUGUGGAUGCCCUCGGCCGCUGGAAGUCUCCAGGGCAAAGAUGCACUGUGGCCCCAGGUCCUCACCCCACACCCAGGCCCGGAUAUAAUGAAGUGAGCACACGUAACAAACCAACCUCUGUUUUUUUGUGCUGCUGGCUGCCCAGGGGGCGUGGUGCUGAUUCUGUGCAGAGGCCCAUCCUGCUGGGUGUUGGUCGGGGGCAGGGCUGUGUGACCCUGGGUCAGUGAGGACCUGAAGGCACCUUCUCUGUGGGCUGGUUGUGGAACUUGAGGUGGCGGAUGGCAAGUGCUUUGUGCGGUGGGGGUGGGGGGGUUGUCCACCUGCUGUGUGGCCAGCCACUGGGGAGGACAGGGCCCAGAGGUAGGAGCUGGGGGCAGGGGGAGAAUUUCCAGGGCUUGUCCACCACCUUCCAGCCAGGCUUCCUGUCUCUGCCUCUGCUCUUCUAAGGUCUGUUCUCAGAAGGCCUUUGUCAGCAGGUCCUGUCGCACCCCUCGUUGCUCCAGGCACACACUCGUGCUCAGCGAUUCCAAAGCCUCACAGUGGCCCCCAGAGCCCUGGCCACCCCUGACCACUGGCCUCGUCUGUUCUCCCACUGCUUUGAGCCAGGCGCCUUCCUGCCCCGGUGCCCAUGUGAACUGCCCCAGACACCCACGAGGCCAGGGCAGGUCUCAGCCUUUCCUGGAGGGGCCUUGGCCAUGCAGUGUUCUCUGCUCCUCAAAUCCCCAGGCCUGCCCCGGCCUCAGUGCCUUUGCCACAGGACCGUCCACUAGAAGGCCUCUCCUCCUGACUCAGGUCUCUGUCUGUUGAGGACUUUCCUGACCACUCGCUGCGUUAAGAAUUAUUUUUUUAAAUAACAUGCAGACAAAUUGAUUCUUUUUGGUGUCCCUGUGUACACCCAUUCCCCUCCACCAUGCGAGCCCUAGAAAUAAAACAGCCAGUUAUUGUGCCAGCAAAACAGGUUUGUUUACUUGGGAAUGACUGAGGGACAGUAAUCUAGGACAAGUAACCUGAUAAAACCAAAAGAUGGGAACAGGAGGAGGAACAGGAGGAACAGCCUUCCCUUUGGGAAGGGCUGUCAUGUAUGAAAGUCCGAUGGAGAUUCGGAGUUCGGGGUGGUGGUUUCUCACAGGCUGGGCUGGUGCCAGGACAAGGACCCUCCUCCUGUGGGCAGCAGGACAGGCUUCCCUGCCUUCCCUUCUUCUGUGCUGUCAGCACAGAGCCUGACCCAGGGCUCAAACUCACAACCCAGGGAUCAUGACCUGAGCCAAAAUCAAGAGUCAGACAGGGGCGCCUGGGUGGCUCAGUUGGUUAAGCAUCCAACUCAGUUUUGGCUCAGGUCAUGAUCUCGUGGUUUGUGAGUUCGAGCCCUGCAUUGGGCUCUGUGCUGAAGGUGCCGAGCCUGCUUGGGAUUCUCUCCCUCCUCUCUGCUCCUCUUCCACUCUGUCUGUCUCAAAAAUUCUCCCUCUCUCUGCUCCUCUCCCACUCUGUCUCUCUCUCUCAAAAAAAAAAAAAAAAAAAGGUCGGACACUUAACUGAACCACCUAGGCACCCCUAAUUUUCAUUUUAAGUAAGCUCUGUGCCCAGUGUGGGGCUUGAACUCACAACCCUGAGAUCAAGAGUUGCACACUUGGGGUGCCUGGGUGGCUCAGUCAGUUAAGUGUCCAACUUUGGUUCAGGUCAUGAUCUUGUGGUUUGUGGUUUUGAGCCCCGCGUUGGGCUCUGUGCUAACAGUUCAGAGCCUGGAGCCUGCUUUGGGUUCUGUGUCUCCCCUCUCGGCCCCUCCCAUGCUCAUGCUCUGUCUCUUAAAUAAUAAAUAAAACGUUAAAAAAAAAAAAA